UUGUUUUAUUCAAUUUCACUUUUAUUUUUGUCUUGUUUUCAAGCACCAUUUUUUGUGGCAAUGCUUUAUUUAUUUGAUUACCGCCCCCUUAUUGUUGUACCUAUCAUUAUUUCCCCUAACGUUUUAUUUCCAGUGUUUCAUUUUGUGAUCGAUGAUUGACAGCCAUUUCUUGGUGUCGGCAUUUCCAUAAAAAACUUUUCCAACUCGCAAACAGCGCGUAUUACCAAACAAAAUCGGUCGUCAAUUAAAAGCCUGAAAGCAACUGGUAGCGCAGGUCUGGCCAGAAAGUUUGAUAAACAAUGCACUGAAAUCGAAUGCCCGAGUAAUUAAUUAUUGAACUUUUACAACUGUUUCGGUUUUGGUUUGGGUUUCGUUGGCUUUACAUAUUUUUUUUUUUCGUUUUUUUUUUUUUUUUCCUUUUCGCUUUUGCCUCUCAUUUCCACAGCGAAGCGCUCAAUGGGGCGACGCUCAAACGGACACACUCACAAAAAAGAAAAAAAAAGAAAAAAACGGGAGGGAAGAAAAAAAACCCCUGAAUGCUCAGUGGCAAACCGACCACAACCACAGGCAAACCAGAAUGCAGCAGCAACCCGAUCCGAGUUUUAGCCAAGUAAGAUAUUGCGCUGCCGGUGGCUCUGAGCUCAGUCUCAUUCAGCGAGUCGGCGGGCGUUGAGUUUGAGUGCGAAGUGCGGUGCGCGUCGAGUCAGCGAGCGUUGAGCAGCAGCAACAACACGACGGCAACAGCAGUAACAGCAACAGCAACAGCAGCAACAUCAGCCAACAGCAGCAACACCAUCGACAGCAGCAACACCAACGGCAGCAACACAAGCGAGCGGUUCCGGUUCGCGUUUUCGAGUGGCGUCCCUCAAAAAAAAAAACACACACAUUUAUCCCUCAAAAAACCGUCGGAAAAACAGGGCCAAUAAAAUGCCGCCUGUUCACUAAAUACCCAAUUAUUUAAUCGAUCCUUUCGGCUAAUCUUCAAAAUUGGAAGCGUGGCAUGGCAACCACCACAUCCCCCGGCCCCACAAGGACAACCAACAAAGUUUCCAUACCAGGAGCAGCAUCUGGGAUUUCCGGGAGCAGCGAAUCCCCCGGAGCAAUCAUGCCCAUGGCCGCCGUGCCACUGCCGUCGCAUCUGCAACUUCUGGGCAGCUCCGCCGGAGGCGUUGGCCAGCCGUCGGCAAUCACGCCCGUUUCGCCCACGGCAGCGCCCACAGUUCUCGCCCAGCCGCACAGCUUGAGCCCCGCCACGCCCCUUUUGGCCCAGGGAACGCCUCCCGCUCCGACGUUGGGCGGCCUCUUCUGCGGAGGAAGUGCAGCAGCUGGACCGCCGGGAUCUGCGGGGGCGGCAGCAGCGGCGGCGGCAACGAACCUCAACGCUUUGGCCUCCCAACAUCGACUAUUGGAAUUAUCCCGCUUUGGACUGAGGGGAUAUGAUUUGGCUCAACAUAUGCUCUCCCAACAGGGAGCUGUGUCCAAGUUGCUGGGCACAUUGCGACCACCUGGGCUAAUUGGCGGCUCCAAGCCGAAGGUGGCCACCCCAACUGUGGUCUCCAAGAUCGAGCAGUACAAGCGCGAGAAUCCGACGAUCUUCGCGUGGGAAAUCCGCGAGCGACUGAUCACCGAAGGUGUUUGCACCAAUGCCACCGCUCCGUCGGUGAGCAGCAUCAACCGAAUCUUGCGCAAUCGAGCCGCGGAAAGGGCAGCGGCGGAGUUCGCCCGGGCGGCGAGUUACGGGUACGCCAUCCAUCCCACGCAUCCGCAUCCGUACACCAGCUUUCCCACUUGGCCAGCCCAUCAUCCGCUGUGGGGAGCCGUUCCAAUUCCCGCCGGCGGAAGUGGAUCCCUGCAGCCGAGCGGAAGUGGCAGCAGCUACGGCAGUGAUGGCAACAUGAGCUCAAAUCCCCACAGCAGCAACAGCAACACCACCCACAGCAACACCAAUGGCAACAGCAACAACAAUAACAACAACACUAAUAGUGGCAGUGCUUGUGGAGAAAGCAGUGCGGGGAGUGGGCGUCUCUCCCUGCCGGCACUUUCACCAGAUUCGGGGAGUCGGGAUAGCCGCUCCCCGGACGCGGAUGCCAACCGGAUGAUAGACAUCGAGGGCGAGGACAGCGAUUCGCAGGACAGCGACCAGCCGAAGUUCCGGCGGAACCGGACCACCUUCAGUCCGGAGCAGCUGGACGAGCUGGAGAAGGAGUUCGACAAGUCGCACUACCCGUGCGUGAACACCCGCGAGAAACUGGCUGGCCGAACGGCCUUGAGCGAGGCGCGAGUUCAGGUUUGGUUUUCCAACAGACGAGCGAAAUGGCGGCGCCACCAGCGGGUCAACUUGCUCAAGCGUCGCGACUCGCCCUCGACAUCGAGGUCACCCACGCCGGUGGCUCCAGUUGGGGAAACCCCUGGCCACCAGAAGCCACCACCAUUAGUCUACAACCACAACAACAGCAGCAGCAGCGGCAACACCACAUGCAACAACAACAGCAACACCUGCAACAACAGCAACAACAAUUGCAACAGCAACAUCAACAACAGCAACAGCAACACCAUCAGCAGGAGCAGCAACACGAACCACGUGGAAGAGCCACCAGCGGUGGUGGCAACUGUCUCACCCACAGCAUCAGCUCCAUUAUCAAUGGGCGGUGAGCACAGUGCCUUCCACGCCCUUCCGAUGACCUUGCCGCUGCAGAUGCCCAUGACCUUGCCCCCGGCUUCGGCGGCCGCCUUUGCCCUCAGUUUCGCCCGCCAGUACAUCGCCAAAUAUAUGGGAACGCCAGUAAAUCUCGGUCACAAUCCGCUAAUUGCUGGUCAGGAUUCAUCAGGAUUGAGGGAGCAGCAGCUGGAGGAUCAUGAGGAGGAGAGGGAGAGGGAAAGGGAGAGGGAGCAGGAGGAGGAGGUAAUCAACGUGGAACACAACGACGAGUGACCAUUAUUCCUAUCGCUUUAAAUCGAGAAUUUAGUGCAAUUUUUACUUAAUUUAUGAACGUUUGAAGCACAUUUAACCGCGUGCUGAGUACAAAUAAAAUCGAAACGAUAUAAGUUCUCA